AUGAAAAUCACUUACUACUGGAAAGAGUUUGUCAAAGUCCAAACCCUCUUCUACGAACGGCGGUACAAGCAAUGUAUCGCUCUCUGCGAGCAACUCCAGCGCUCAGAGAUCCAUGGCCUCCAUCGUGCUUUCCUCUGGUUCUAUCACGCCGUAUGUUAUGAAGCCAUUGGACUUCUUGCGCACGAUUUCUCGCGGAACAAGCUUCAAUUCCUGGACUCGGCCAGAGAGAGCUUUGAUUUGGCAGUAAAGUCUCUUCCGAUGCCCUUUGCUUCCACGGAAGCAGGGACAUACGCCCAGAUAGAUGACUCUCCCCUCACAGCUGAUAGCCACUUCUCCCUACCUUUCACGGACAAGGUGGCGCAGACUACCCAUGCCACAUUCCCUCAAGCUCCGCGUAUCAGAGAGGGUUCGCCUUUCCGAUCCCCUAGCAGCAGUAUCUAUUCGACAGCAAGUCCGCUAAAGGCAGAACCAAUCUCGGACUGCGACGACCAAUCGCCAAUGAAAAAGCGAGAACAUCCACCCAUAUUCCCUACGGUCGCAGAACCAAACGAACCGGAAGACAAGCAGCCUGUCGUCCCAGCGACCCCAGCGACCCACAGAACUCGCCUCAGCCGUGUCCUCAGCUCACCACAGGCGCUACAGCAAGAACUCGUGCCUUCACCCCUCUUCAGCCGGCAUGCGAAACAGGCUCGCCUUCCCCAGCCAGCCAACGGCAACGACAUUCCUCGUCCCCUGCCUCCACUCCCCUUCAAGCACAACCCGCUCUCGUUCAAAACAGACGGCACGCGCAUGACCCAAGGCCCCCUCCUCCGCCAGACAGUCGUCCAAACUCUCAUCGCUCGCUUCGAAGGCAUCCUGCCUCUACCACCAUCGACACCCCUGACCACCGCUCACUCCAUACCAAUGACCCCCGACAUCGCCAUCCCUCGAUUCCGCAUGAUCCGCGAAGCAUUCUCACCCGAUCCGCGCAACGAGCACCUCGAAACAUACCUCACGUCCACCGCUUCCGCCCAACUGCAACUGGCGAGAUACAACGCCAAGUUGGCGGACUUUCGCGCUCGCCUAAGGGACCACACCGCCUAUGUAGACGGGGAGCUCGCAAGGGUGCACAAGAUGCAGAAUGAAAGACACGCAGCCAGAUUGUUGGGCCCCAAGCAGCGGUAUGCGAGUUUCUGGUCCUUUGAGGCGACGAGCUCGCCGUGUCCGAGACGGAGGAACCGUCCGACGGGAUGCGGUGGCGGCGGGGACGCGCACAACGGUAGGCAACCCGGCGAAGAUUGCGAAGAAGUUGAUCAAGUUGGAGUCGAAGUCGAAGUUGAUGGUGAUGGUAAUGGAGAUGGAGAUGGAGAGCAAGAGGAUGCAAACGCCAAAGCGAAGAAGGAGAGGAUAGCCAGGUUGAGGCAGCAGGGGUGGCGUGUUCGGAAGGAGAACCACGGCUUCAAAGGCGUGCAGUUCUAUGAAAACCUGUGUAGCUGCGUGGAGAAUGAGCUGGAUCAUAACCGGUUGUUUGGAUGA